CUGUAGUUAUAAUGAAAUUCUUUGUUAAUACCACAAUCUGGAAAGAAGAGUUGAAAUUAGUGUAAGGGUUGAAUGAUGGGUACGAACCACAUCCGAAGCAUCUGAUUGAAAUUGAUAGUUAGAUCCUUUUGUGUUCACGAUUUGGGGAUUUUGAAUAUUCAACACAACUGUGAAGAUUGUCUCUCCAAAACUUUUUGAGGGAACUGAUUUUGUUCCUUGAGCAAAAACAUGGUUAGUGAAAAUACCACGAUGUCUGCUGGUGCGGAUCUGACAAGUGCUAUAGUACCACUGUUGAAGUUGCUAUGCCUAACAGUCAUAGGAUUGCUUCUUGCAAACCCAACAAUGCAAUUCAUUCCCAAGGCUACAUUUAAGCUUCUUAGUAAACUAGUCUUUGCUCUCUUCUUGCCAUGCCUUAUAUUUACUGAGUUAGGUGAAAGCAUUACUCUUGAAAACUUUAGGGAUUGGUGGUUUAUCCCUGUUAACGUGCUGGUGAGUACAGCUCUUGGUUGUUUACUGGGGCUCUUGGUGGUCAUCAUAUGUCACCCACCUCCAGAGUUAACCAGAUUUACUAUUAUAAUGACGGGAUUCGGCAACACCGGAAAUCUCCUCCUUGCUGUGGUUGGAUCUGUUUGCCAUAGUAAGGAUAAUCCAUUUGGGAAGCAUUGCAACACUAGAGGGGUGGCUUAUGUUUCUUUGUCUCAAUGGGUUUCUGUUAUCCUUGUAUACACUCUUGUUUAUCACAUGAUGGAACCUCCUAUGGAGUAUUACGAGAUUGUCGAGGAAGGGGCUGAAAUUGAGGAAGAGCAGGCACUUAAUGAUAUCAGUAGACCACUCCUUGUAGAAGCUGAGUGGCCUGGCAUUGAGGAUAAAGAGACCGAACAUUCUAAGACACCCUUUAUUGCCAGGAUCUUUAAGAGCAUCUCAGGUAUUUCCUCAUCCACUAUUCCUGAGCUUGAAGUCAAUGCAGAAAGUGGUGGUGGUGGGAAUAGUCCAAAGUCCAUUAGAUGUUUGGCUGAACCUAGAGUUGUAAGGAGGAUAAGAAUUGUUGCUGAACAAACUCCCCUUCAGCACAUACUUCAACCCCCAACAAUUGCCUCUCUAUUGGCUAUCAUCAUUGGCAUGGUGCCUCAGCUGAAAGCUUUGUUCUUUGGAUAUGAUGCUCCAUUAUCUUUCAUUACAGACAGUUUGGAGAUUUUGGCUGGGGCAAUGGUGCCUUCUGUGAUGCUUAUAUUGGGGGGUAUGCUUGCUGAAGGACCAAAUGAGUCUAAACUUGGCCUUAGGACUACUAUUGGUAUUACUGUGGCAAGACUCCUGGUGCUUCCUCUCCUGGGAAUUGGGAUUGUGGCAUUGUCAGAUAAGCUAAAUUUCCUAGUUGCGAAUGAUGCUAUGUUUAGAUUUGUGCUUUUGUUACAGUACACUACACCGAGUGCCAUUUUACUGGGAGCAAUUGCCAGCUUAAGGGGUUAUGCAGUAAGUGAAGCCUCAGCCCUUCUCUUCUGGCAGCACGUGUUUGCCCUUUUCUCCUUUUCUUUGUACAUUGUAAUCUACUUCAGAAUAAUUAAGUAUGUUUGAAGUUGUAGUAUAUUAUUUACUGCCUUGAUGCUGUUGUGUAGUAGGUUAUAAGACUGUUCCCUCUGUAUCGUCCUCUGGAUGGAGUAUUUGGUAUGUGGGGAUAGAAUUAUUUAUUGCAUUGGUUUGCCGUUGAUAAAGGAUGCAAAUAAUGUUCUUCCGAUGAUUUUGAA